CCUCGCAGAACAGAAAUGCUUUCAUUAAAAAAGGGAGGUAUCCUCUUUCCGCCAUCUUUCCGCGCCGCCACAAUAGUGCGCAUGAAUGUCCUGGCAGAUGCUCUCAAGAGCAUCAACAAUGCCGAAAAGAGAGGCAAAUGCCAGGUGCUUAUUAGGCCGUGCUCCAAAGUCAUCGUCCGGUUUCUCACUGUGAUGAUGAAGCAUGGUUACAUUGGCGAAUUUGAAAUCAUUGAUGACCACAGAGCUGGGAAAAUUGUUGUAAACCUCACAGGCAGGCUAAACAAGUGUGGGGUGAUCAGCCCCAGAUUUGACGUGCAACUCAAAGACCUGGAAAAAUGGCAGAAUAAUCUGCUUCCAUCCCGCCAGUUUGGUUUCAUUGUACUGACAACCUCAGCUGGCGUCAUGGACCAUGAAGAAGCAAGACGAAAACACACAGGAGGGAAAAUCCUGGGAUUCUUUUUCUAGGGAUGUAAUACAUAUAUUUACAAAUAAAAUGCCUCAUGGACAAAAAAAAAAAAAAAAAAAAAAAAAAGGGA